GGAAAGCGAAGCCUCUAUUAGAGUUACCAGCAGGAAUUAGAGAGCACAGCCAAGCAUGGAUUGGACCAACACCAACUCCAGGCAGCAGCAGCAGCAGCAGCACCACCACCACCUUGUUUCUCGACCUGAACCUUCCUUUGGUUUCCUCUACAACUAUAACUUCGACCCCUUUCCUCAUCCUGGCACGGAGAUGAAGCAUCAUCAAGCCAUGUUCGAGACACCACAAGGAUCAGGUCCUUCUUCCAUGGAGAGGAGCAUGAUGAGUUACGGCUGCAGCAGUCAAGAGAAGAAGAAGCGAUUGUCGACAGAUCAGUUAGAGUCACUGGAGAGGAGUUUUCAGGAAGAGAUAAAGCUGGACCCUGAUAGGAAGAUGAAGCUGUCGAGAGAUCUCGGCCUUCAGCCUCGACAAAUCGCUGUUUGGUUCCAAAACCGACGAGCAAGGUGGAAGGCCAAGCAGCUCGAACGCUUGUACGAUGCUCUUAAACAAGAGUACGACGCCGUCUCUAAAGAAAAGCAAAAGCUUCAAGAUGAGGUCAUGAAACUGAAGACUGUUCUGAGAGAAGUGGCUAGGAAGCAGGUUUCUCCGGGCUACACUGAAAUCUCCGGCGAAGAGACGGUGGAAAGCACUUCCGUGGGUGCCAUUCGAAGCUCGAACAAGGCAGGAGGGGUGAGCCAACAUCAGAUUGCAGAGGGCAACUAUAUUUUCAACGUUGAGGAGUAUAACCCUGUGUCACCACCUUACUGGGGUGGCCUGCCUUCCUAUCCUUAA